AUGCCACCUGAUAAGUACACAGUAUUGAUAGUAAACCUGAGUCUGGCCGACUUUCUAAUGGGCAUCUAUUUGAACAUCUUGGCGAUAACUAAUCAGAUGUAUACAGGAAUGUAUGGACUAGCUGACUACAGAUGGAGACACAGUGUUACAUGCACUGUAAGUGGGAUUAUCGCUACAUUGUCCAGCGAGACGUCAGUUCUGAUGGUAUUUCUUAUCACUCUUGAUAGAUUUAUCGCAGUGAAAUAUCCCUUCUCAAAACUACUGUUCAGCGUAAAGACCGCUUCUAUGAUGUCUCUUGUAGCCUGGGCGUUUUCAUUUGUUCUGUCUUUGAUUCCAUUGCUCCCUGUUCCGGGUUUUGAAGAUUUUUAUGCUCAGUCUGGAAUCUGCAUCUCUCUUCCUCUAUCUGCAGUAAGGAAGUCGGGCUGGGAAUACUCCAUUAUUAUAUUCGUCGGCUUGAAUUUCUUCCUUUUCCUUGGAAUUUUGAUCGGGCAGAUAAGUGUCUUUGUAGAAGUUCUACGAUCGGGGAGAAACGUGAGAUCCAGCAAAUCAAUGCAGAGGGAGAAAACUCUGGCUAUAACAGUGCUCGGUGUAGUACUGACUGACAUUUUGUGUUGGAUCCCAAUAGGAACAAUAGGCAUGCUGACCUUCUUUGGUGUGUCAAUCGCUUCGGACGUGUACGCUUGGAUUAUUGUGGUGGUUUUACCAAUCAAUUCGGCCCUCAAUCCACUGCUCUAUACCUUAACAACAGUUAUCAGAAGAAUGAGAAGACGGGAAUCUGAUAUAGUUUCACAGUUAAAGCAUCAACUAGCAUAUUGGAAGUCGAAACACGGUUAUCCGUCAGAUGUCACCGUGUCAGAGAUACAAGAAAGAAAUCCAACCCAGAGGUGUCCGUAG